CACCUGCCGGCGGCCUCUUCUGGCCCCGGGGGGGCCAAGGCGCGCAGCGGCCGCGGGGUCCCCAGCGCCUCGGUGGGCGGCCUGGCGGCAGCCGGGACAACCGGCGAAUUCGCUUUCGCCUACCUGGCCUGGCUCAUCUAUUCCAUCGCCUUCACACCUAAGGUGGUGCUUAUCCUGGGCACGUCCAUACUGGACCUCAUUGAGCUGCGCGCGCCCUUCGGCACCACCGGCUUCCGCCUUACCAUGGCGCUGUCGGUGCCCCUGCUCUACAGCUUAGUACGCGCCAUCAGCGAGGCGGGCGCCCCGCCGGGCUCGGCCGGACCCCUGCUGCUGCAGCCCCAGCAGCACCGCGCCGCCGGCUGCUUUCUGGGCACGUGUCUGGACCUGCUCGACAGCUUCACUCUCGUGGAGCUAACGCUGGAGGGCCGCGUGCCGCUGCCCGCGCACCUGCGCUACCUGCUCAUCGCCGUCUACUUUCUCACCCUCGCCUCGCCGGUGCUCUGGCUGUACGAGCUCAACGCCGCGGGCCUGGCGGCUUCAUCCUGGGGCCAGACCUCGGGACCCGGCAGCUGCAGCCGCCUUCUGCGCCUGCUGGGCGGCUGCCUGGUGGACGUGCCCUUGCUGGCGCUGCGCUGCCUCUUAGUGGUGAGCUACCAGCAGCCCCUCUCCAUCUUCAUGCUCAAGAACCUCUUCUUCCUUGGCUGCCGCGGUCUGGAGGCCCUGGAGGGCUGCUGGGACCGCGGGAGUCGGGCCUCCCCCAGUCGGUCCAGAGGGAGCUAUGGUGCUCCGCCUUCCGCCCCACCGCCACCUCCACCGCUGCCACCUCCAGGAAGCUCCCAGCUGGGCCACUGCAUCUCGGAGAAUGAGGGGGGCGCCCAUGGCUAUGUCAAUACGCUGGCGGUGGCCUCCCAGAAUUGAGGGGUAGGAGGGCAGGGGUCUUGCUUUUGAGCUGGGA